UUUGAAUGUGCUUUAAUAACAAAAAAGUAACAUCAGAUGCAAUCAUUAUCUAAAAAUAAAAGCAGAUUUUUUGCGAUUCUAAAUUUAUAAAGCCGCCAGCACCGGGUGCAAUUUAAAAACGUCUAUGUAAUAGUAAAAUGUUGGUAAUCAGUGUCUAAUAAGAAACUGAUUGAGGAAAGAAGCGUGAAUGUUACAAACUGACGAAGUUUACAAUCGGACUGUAGCAUUGUUUUUCUACUCAACCUAAAGAUGUCUUCAGCGCUACCAAUAAUUCUACAGGGAAACAAUCUUGGCGAAAGGCAUCGUCAUUUCAACUCUCUGGUCCACGCCGCUCACCAGCAGAGCACGUCUCUAGCGACAGUCCUCGACUUGCCCGACAUCUCACGCCUUGACACACUCUUUAAAAUCGAGCUCGCGGCCAAGCAACGUAAUGUAGAUUUCAUUUUAAAAAUUCUUCAACAUGAAGACAUGCUGUUUGUAAGUAGAGCACUAAAGUGUUGUACUUGGCUCCUGGAAUCCCAAUAUCAAGAUGUGAUAAAUCCUGAGCAUUUAGAAGGCGAGGUGUACCCUCACAUGACGAUGCCUGCCGUCAACAAGAUGAAGCAAUGGCUGUACGUUCACCUGAGAGACGCGCAGAGAUGUCGCCAGUUCUAUCAGCACUACAGCAACCGCUACGACACCAAGUUCAAGUUUCUCAAGCACUGCACACCGAACUUCAUCGAAGACGAACUCCUCAACAUCAUGGACCGCAUCACACCGAAACAGCUCAAGGUUAUUUGUGAAUAUUGUCCUCGAGCAAUUAAAUUAUACUAUGAGAAUGUCAGCAAGAACGAAAAAGCGUAUGCAGCCUUUUUACAAAACGAGAAGGAGUAUUUUGAAUGUACCAAAUGCCUUUUGCACUCAGAACCUGAUUCUUAUUUCGAAAUUUUGGAAAAUCAUUACUAUUACGAGAGAUUAGGCUCGCUGUCGUCCUCUAUCACUGAAUGCAUCAUGAAGCGACACAAGCAGAGAGUCCUGGGCAAGCCGGAGCUGUACGCGGUCUGGCUGCUCGACAGGAGCAUGAUGGCCAAACAUCUGAACGCGGAUGAAAACAAAGAUAUAGUGUUUAGGUUAGCGCGCGCGGAGUACCUCGGACACAUCUUCUCUUAUAAAUUUGUGGAACCGUUCAUAAAAAGAUUGAAAGUCGAUGAGAGAGCGGCCGUCAAAAAGAAAGUUUUCGUGGAUAAAGAUGUAGGUGAUAAAGUAGAAGUCGACUCCAUGCCUGCGGAGAUACAGGCCGAGUACUGGGUCACCGUGUUCGGCGCUCUACAGAAAGCGUCACCAAAGAAGGCGAUGUCUGUCUUGUGCAGACUCGAAAAUAUACUUCCCGCAGUGAACGGUGAUGUCAUUAAGAAAGUGAUCGACGACUUCCUCGAGGAGUUUAAUGUGGAAACCAUAUCGGAUGAUGAUAAUUUCAUAUAUAUAUGUAACUGUAUGAAAGUCCGCAUCGUGAGCAAGUACCUGCUGCUCGGAGAGGUCGAGGAGCAAGAAGUCAGACUGGACGGCAUAUGGGCACCGUUUCUGGACCGUUUGGCAGCUCUGGUGCGGCGGAACACUGACAACGCGGCACAAUAUUUGGACGAAUUAGUUAUGUCACUAAAAUAUAACACGGCGUUCUUUAAUCCGAGACUUUCGUGCUUGCCUGUGUUGGAGAGGAUCGUCGCGGAUCUGCAGACGGUUCUGCCGAUGGAGGGAUAUUUCAAAACUUUUGUGUUGCUGCAUGCGACAAUGUUGUAUUACAAGGCUAUUAAAUAUUGUAUGAAACAGUAUCCAGAUAAGUUCGAAGUUGUAAAGUCGAAACGAAUAGAGGGAGCGACAGUUGUGGGUAAACAAUUUGGUAACUACGUUGCUAAAGAACUAAAAGAGCUGGUAUCUAGAUAUUUCGAAUCAAUAACGGUUAUCUAUCAAAAGAAUUUGUGGACAUUCUUAAGAGAUCAGUUUCCGUUUAAUGAGAGCAGUUCUAAAUUUUUGAGUUCGUUUAUCGGAGGUCUGGUAGAGCACGGCGGGACUGAGGCUCUGCUGCUGGCCGAGUACCUGCUGGACAAGGAGGGCGGAUACAACCCGGAUAUAAAAAGAAAGGAGCUUCUGGAUAUAUUGAAAAGUUCCCAGAAUGAGGAAGUUAAAUUCUUUUUACAUGGUUUUUUGUUUUCUGGUGGCGCAGACAGAGUUUGCUAUAGUUGGUCUUAA